GCCAGAGGACAGUGGGGAGGUUUAUUCACACACUUUGGAUAUUUAACAAUCAUCUCUGCAAAGACUGGAAGCACUGAAGUUUUCUACCUUUCUUUUAUUUUGCAUGUUACAGACCAUGGCACGUCUGAUUCAUCUAUCAUUACUGCUAGCAGUGAGCCAGCUGCCCUGUGUUUCAGCCAUACGAGACUUUCCAGAUGGAGGAAUCAAAUUUACUCCCUAUCAUCUGUGCCCUGUUGGAGGGAAUAUUACACACGACUGCAAUUGCACAGCUGGCAAGUGGAUAUGGAAAUUUAAAUGUUGUGGGCCCACUGUUAACCAAGUCACACUGGAAGCAACUGCCACAGCCAAUUACACUGAGACAGAGGACUGUACUAAUAAAUGCCGUAAAAUCACAUACAAAACAAAAAUGUUUGUUUUGUCUGUGGAGGUAGAAAAUGGGUAUUUAAAGCAUACGAGUGAUAAUAAGGUCAUUUGUGAAUCUUGCUCUGGAACUUCAACUUCAACUACUGCCGGCACAAAGUGUUUCAGCUUUAAAAAAAAACAAAAGAUUCAUAUCUCGGUUCCUAAGCGAGACCAAAACACAGUAAAGCUCAAAUUUCAGAAGUUUCAUCAACAGCACCGUGUUAGUGACUGUACAGAGGCUCACACAGGCUCAAAUCAAAGGACCUGCAAUGUUAAUGUUACUACAACACAUACAGCUCCAGACCUGGAGUUCUACCGUGAAAACAAAAGUUGGAUUGAUGCCUUGGAGCAAUGCCAGAACGACUACACCUCCCUGGUUGAAAUCACCAACCAAACAGUGAAUGAUAAAGUGAAAAGUCUCCUGCAAAAUGAGACACACUUGCAACAAGGGGUUUGGAUUGGCCUGGAACGCUCAGUCUUUGGCAAAGAUAAGGAGUGGAUGUGGAUUUCAAAGUCCAAAGACAAUUAUCCUGAGUGGAACAGAAACAUAGCUGACUCAAAUAACCACUGUGCAAAGAUGAUCCUGACUGAGAAACAAGAAAUUAAGCUGCUGGAUGCCAACUGCCAUGACAGACUACCUUUCAUCUGUCAAGAUCUUGGAGAAGAGGCCUCGUGACCUCUACUCACAGCAACAGGAAAACUCUGGAUUCAGUCACCAACAAC